AUGGACAUACAAACCCUCAGCUCUCUCUUCUCUCGCGCGAAAUCCCACAAAAAAGCUCUGGACACAGCAUCUUCAGAAUCUAUAAUCCAGCUUAGUGACGUUAUCGCGGAGUUCGAAGAAUGUCAACGCCGCAUUGCGCAUCUGUCCCUAUUCAGUGGCAAUGAGUCGCUAGAGGACAUCACCACUGGAGACCUACAGUACCUCACAGUUGAUUACAUCCUAGCCGAUCUCCUUCAAAAAUCGUACAGUGCAGAUCGUAUUAAGAGCUUGCAGCGCUCACGGGACGAAUACGAAAAGUAUCUGGAGUGUUUAGAUCAGUAUGGCCUACUCUCCCCGAACGAUAAGAGGCUUCAUGAAAGUUACACGGAUAAUCCGGCCUCCUUUACCCUGGCACCUUUGAACGAUGCAGCAAAGCGAAGGGAUAUUAAGGUAUCAAGAUUUAGAGAGGAGAAGGAGUUGAAACAACGGCUAGAGCAUCUUUCGCAAAACCAAAACGGCAUGCAACACGACGAAGAUUUAGUUCGACAAUUGUAUCUAGCUGAGAUUAAGCUCUAUACACAUCAGACAUUCCAGGCCCUAGACAUGCUAUCCCAAGAACUAUCUAUGCUCACAGGCGCCCAAAGUGCACGCCCCUCUGCUCAUCCCGUUUACGAUCAUGAUGCAAGGAAACGUGACCGAAGCGAUAAGUCUGGCUUUCCCGAGCGUUUGGAUGUAGGGCUCGGACAAAAUACUCGUGGGGGCGGAACAGGGCCACUCCUAAGCAAGAGCGGGGUACCACUACAACCAUUUGUCCUCACAAGCAAGCGAACGGAACUUCAAAAGGGGGUCUUCCGACCCGGUCAUAGCCUCCCGACUAUGUCUAUUGAUGAAUAUCUAGAGGAGGAGAGGAGGCGAGGGGGUAUUAUUGAAGGGGGUGGCGAGCAGUCUGGCCAGCCGAAGGAAAUUGACGAAGAUGACUUGGAAAAAGCUGACGAAGAAACCAUGAAAGCAAGAGCGUGGGAUGAGUUCACGGAAGAUAAUCCACGAGGAUCAGGUAACACUCUAAACAGGGGCUAA